AGAGCCUGGGCCAGGAUCACCCAGAUCCUGCUCAGCUGCCUUGGGAAGAAGGCGGGUGGUGACAAGGACAUGGAGGAGGAGGAGGAGGUGGACUGGUGGAGCAAAUUCUAUGCGGCCCUGGAGGAUAAGGGAGAAAUCCCAUGGGGAACAAACAGGGACAGAUUGAAGAUCUAUGGCUGUGAGCUGGAGGCCGUGCCCGAGUUCCAGGGGCUGCAGGAUUUCUGCCAGACCUUCCCUCUCCACAAACCGGGUGGUCCCCCUGUGCCUGGGCAGGAUCCCGAGCCCGUGGGUGAGUUCAAGGGGCUGUUCUGUAUCUACCCCCUGCCCGAGGAGCCCAGGGUGCCCUCCCCACCCCAGCACUUCCAGCAGCUGCCCCCCAGCAAACCCCAGGAUUGCCUGGUGCGGGUCUACAUCGUCCGGGCCUUCGACCUGUCCCCCCGUGAUGUCACUGGGCUGAGUGACCCCUAUGUCCGGGUGUCCCUGGGGAAGAGGACCCUGGGCCAGCGGGACCAGUACGUGCCCAACACCCUGGAGCCCGUGUUUGGCAGGAUGUUUGAGGUGACGGCCACCAUCCCCCUGGAGAAGGAUCUGAAGGUGACGCUGCUGGACCGUGACCGGUUCCCCCCAGACCAGGAGAUCGGUAGCACCUCCAUUGACCUGGAGAACCGGCUGCUGUCCAACCACCGCGCCCACUGCGGGCUGCCCACCCUGCACCACACGUGG